CUAGAGGCUGCUGGGGUCGAGUUCACACAAAUGGGUUGUACAGGUUAAAGACGAGGCUUUUGCAGUUGAUGCUGAGACUUUGCCUCUGACUGUGGAUAUGAUACGCAGGGCAGUGAUAAGAAACUGGAUUUCACUGGAUUUUCUUCUCAUAAAUGAUACACAACUGGGGUAUUUAUCACAAAAAGUGUAGCUGCACUUUGAUGGGACUGGUUGCAGAUUGGAAAAAGGAUCCUGAAUUCCUCUUUGAUGGACAACAACAACUCCUUGGAGCUUCUCUCUGGGGAGAGCCUCAUCUACACCAUCACCGUGCCGCUGUCAGCGUCCAUCAUCCUGGCCAACCUCAUCAUCAUCCUGGGCAUCUCCUCCAACCGGGAACUCCACAACACUCCCAACUACUUCUUCCUCAGCCUGUUGGUGGCCGACAUGUGCACUGGCGUGGCUCUGCCCUUCAUCCCGUUGAUGGGGCUGAACCGGAAGCUGAGCUUCAGCUCCUGUCUGGUGGUUCACGUCUUCCCAAACUUCCUCUUCUUGGCUUUUAUGUUCAACCUGGUAAUGGUCCACUAUGAACGCUACGUCUGCAUUGUUGACCCUCUGCGUUACAAUAACUUGUGGAUGCAUCGCAGUUUUCCUCUGGCGUUGCUCGUGGUGUGGGCGCCCCCACUUUUGUACGCAUCUCUACCCGCUUUCGGGUGGAAUAACUGGACCGGGCCAGAUUGGAACGGUUGUUGUGAAAGCACCCAGAGGUCAAUGCUGCGUGUGAACUGUUCCACCAACGGCACCAUCUGCUGCUCCUACAGACGGGUUUUCCACAACUCCUUUAUCUACCUGGAAGUCUAUGGAGUUGUUCUACCUGCGAUUCUCUUCAUCGCUGGCAUGACCGGCCAUGUUCUGUAUAUCACCCGAGGGCAAAUGAAGGAAAUAUGCCGCCUCCAUCGGGCGGUGGAGCGAGGAACUCAGGCAUCGUACAGGGAGCAGAGGCUAAACCUGCGAUACACUCGCUGCGUGGUGGCGGUGUCGCUCACCUUCCUGGCCUGCUGGGUUCCCUACCUCAUCUACAUGCAUGUCUGUAUAGCGUUCUUAAUCAGCGACACCAAGUGGAGCUCCACCACUCACAUCGUCAUGUCCUGCGUUGGUAUUGGAAGCAUGGCGGUGGUUCCGCUGGUGCUCGGCCUGGCAAACAGGCAGUACACGGAGCCUGCAUACAAAGUUUUACGGAAACUUAGAGACCGGUGGAAGCGAAGGAGAGAGCAACCGGAGGAAGCUGCACUCUAAAAACGUUCUUGUGAAAGGAAAUAUUUAUUAGGUUUAUUCUGCAAGAGAAAAACACAUUUCCAGAGACAGUUCGGUAGUUUGCUCGAGCAAUUCCCUUGUUGUAUCACCUUCACAUUAGACUUCUGUUUCAAUUACACUAGUCACAAAUAAAGUUGCAAGAAGCUUGAAGUACUCGUCGCUCACGUGUCUUCGCCCACCAAGCUAGCUGCCUAUCGGCUCGAAUUCUGCACAAAUUGGAUGUUAAG